UUUAUGUUUAAUUAGCAAGUGACUCUUUUCCCCCCAACCAACCAUGCCGAACCUUGUACAAGAACGAAAAUAAACAAUGACCAGCACUCUACCCAACAGUGCUCGUGCCCUCCAUUUUUUUUUAAGAAAAACCCCGGCCGGCGGCCGAUCAGUUCUUCCCCCGCAGGCCCAGCGGUGCGCGCUCUCUCUCUGCUCCCAUCUUUCUCGGCGACGCCGCCGCAAGGUGUCCAGGUCGUAGCCGCCCGAUCGAUUCAGGUCGUCUUCGGGCCCUUGCGCUUCGCCGGCGGCGAGGAGCACCACCAGGAUUUUCUCCCACUUCUCCUGUUGCAAUGGAACAUAACUCUGCAGAGGACUCAGACAUUAGCGAUUCAGAUAUCGCUGAGCACAAGGAGAAGAUCUAUGCCCAAAUCCGAGCUGGAAAACUGAAAGUGAAGCGUGGCCAGGCCUUCGGCUGCCCUUUCUGCCCUGGCAGGAAGAGGCAGGACUACAACCUGAAGGAUCUGCUGCAGCAUGCCACAGGAAUAGGGGCUUCUUCUAAGCACACUGCCAAGGUGAGGGCAUCGCACCUGGGGCUUGCUAUGUUCUUGGAGAAGGAUAUAGCCAGCUCGUUGGACAAACCAUUGCAAAUUGUUCCCUACAAGCCAAAAACUCCAAAAGAUGAAGAUCUUUUUGUGUCGCCAUGGAUGGGCAUUGUGGUUAACUUACAGUGUGAGUUGAUGAAAGGCAAAGAAUUUUCCAGGGAAAGUGAAGAAAGACUAACAGCGCAGCUCUCGCGGUUCAGACCCCUCCAAGCCACGAUUCUUGGGGAUGAGAAGGACCAACCGUUUUGCGCUAUCAUCGAGUUUGCUAAGUACUUGAGUGGAUUUAAGGAUGCAAUGGCUUUUGAAAACCAUUUCAUACUCGAGCACUACAGUAAGCCUGAUUGGAAAAAACGAAAUUGCAGAAAGGACGAUCUUUAUGGAUGGAUUGCAAAAACAGAUGAUUUCAACUCCCCUGGGCCAAUUGGGGAGUAUCUACGGAAAAAUGGAAAUCUUAAAAGUGUCGCUGACCUGGAACGAGAGGGACUGAAAGAAACUGGCAAGCGUGUAGUUCAUUAUGCUCUCCAAAUUGAGGACACAAAUGAACACAUGCUUGAACUGGAGCAGAAGAAGAAUGUGAAUGUCAUGAAACUUUCUAGGAUGUUGGAGGAGAAUGAUCGAUUGGUUGAAGAGCACAAUGAAAGGAUACUAAAAAUGCAGAAAGCUGCUCGUCGAAAUUCUUGGAAAAUAAUUAAUGACAAUAUUAAAUUGCAUGAAGAACUGGAAACCAAGAAAAAAGAAAUUGCCAGGAGACAUGAGGAACUCGAAAAGUCGGUUAUAAAUAGUACUGACAGAGAAAAGCUUGAAGCGACAAAAGAAGAGAUUGCAAAGGAGAACAAGCUUCUUGAUUUAGCAACCCUAAAGCAGAAGGAAGAAGAUGAGAAGUUCUUAAAACUUGUUAAGGAACAAGAGCAAGAGAAAGAAGAAAUUAUGAAGACGCUAUAUGAUUUAGAAAUGCAGUUGGCUUCCAAACAAAAACUUGAACUGGAAAGAGAACAACUGAGGGGGAAUCUUGAGGUACAGAAGCAUAUGGCAGAGGAAGAUGCAAAAUCGAAGGAGUUGCUCGAUAAGUUGCAUGAAGAACUUAAAGAGAAAGAUGAAGAAAUGGAGGGUAUUGAUUCUGUGAACCAGGCCCUUAUUAUUAAGCAUCGAAGAACCAAUGAUGAGCUGGAAGAAGCCAAGAAAGAACUGAUUACUGGCCUAGUUAAUAUGUCAUCAGCUCGAUCCACUGUUGGUGUCAAAAGAAUGGGUGAGCUUGAUGAGAAAACUUUCCUUGCUGCUUGCAAAGAGAAAAUUGCAGAUGAGGAGGAGUUGGCAAUUCUGUGCUCGAAAUGGGAAGAUGAGAUCAGGCAUCCAGAAUGGCAUCCUUUCAAAGUUAUACAUGUUGGUGGAGAGGCAAAGGAAAUAAUUAUGGAGGAUGAUGAGAAGCUGCAAGCUUUGAAGGCUGAACUGGGUGUGAAGGCACACGAUGUGGUGGUCAAGGCCCUCCGUGAGAUGAACGAGUAUAAUCCAAGCGGCAGGUACCCCAUACCAGAGCUGUGGAACUUCAGGGAGGACCAGAGAGCACCAAUGGGCGAGGCAGUAGCCUACAUAGUGAAGCGGUGGAAGGCGAACAAGAAGAAACACACCUACUACUGAUGAAGUAGCGCCUGAUGGCCCCUUGGCUUGCUGGACUGCGUUGUGCCAUUGGUUCCUGGGUGGCUGGGUCGAUGUCUCUGAGAAGUGAGAACUAGGAGCCUGAGACCCUCUACUGAUGAAACCUAGUACCAGUAGUACUACUAAAUUUGUCCGAUCUCUUGGACGGUUGGAUUUGCAAUGCAAUGGUCUAUGGCACCUAGUACAAAGAUCUAUUAUUGUGGAUAAAAAAACAUAGUGUGUUUAAUAAUUGGACUUUGCUAGAGCGUGCAUGUGCCGGAAAUUGGAUUUCCGGCUGCACAUUCCAA